UCGGCUCACGUGACGGGCCGGGAGCCGCCGAGGCGGAAGCCGGGGCCGGCGGGCUGGCGAGGCGAGGGCUGGGGCUCGGAGCCUUUCCCCGAGCGCGCGCCGCGGCCGGCCCUGCGCGUGCGCCCUGGCGCGGGGCGCCGUGACAGAUUCUUUCAUGGAGUUGCCAAUCUGUCAACAGACCUGGUUACCUUUAAUGAUUGACAAAUCCCAGCUCUGAAGCCAGUUAAACAUUCCACUGGCAAGGCAUCGAGUAACUGCUUAUCUUCAUGAUGUUGGACUUUCUAGCUGAGAAUAACCUCUGUGGCCAAGCAAUCCUCAGAAUUGUUUCCUGUGGCAAUGCCAUCAUUGCUGAACUUUUGAGGCUCUCUGAGUUUAUUCCCACUGUAUUCAGGUUGAAAGACCGAGCUGAUCAGCAGAAAUACGGAGACAUCAUAUUUGACUUCAGCUAUUUUAAGGGUCCAGAGUUAUGGGAAAGCAAGCUGGAGGCUAAGCCAGAGCUGCAGGAUUUAGAUGAAGAAUUUCGUGAAAACAACAUAGAGAUUGUGACCAGAUUUUAUUUAGCAUUUCAGAGUGUGCAUAAAUAUAUUGUAGACUUAAACAGAUACCUAGAUGAUCUCAAUGAGGGUGUUUACAUUCAGCAAACCUUAGAAACUGUGCUUCUCAACGAAGAUGGAAAACAACUUCUAUGUGAAGCACUGUACUUGUAUGGAGUUAUGCUGCUGGUCAUCGACCAAAAGAUUGAAGGGGAAGUGAGAGAAAGAAUGCUGGUUUCUUACUAUCGAUACAGUGCUGCUCGAUCUUCUGCGGAUUCAAAUAUGGACGAUAUCUGUAAACUGCUUCGAAGUACCGGUUAUUCCAGCCAACCAGGAGCCAAAAGACCCCCCAACUAUCCCGAGAGCUAUUUCCAGAGAGUGCCUAUUAAUGAAUCUUUCAUCAGCAUGGUCAUUGGCCGGCUAAGAUCUGAUGAUAUUUACAACCAGGUGUCCGCCUAUCCCUUGCCGGAGCACCGCAGCACGGCCCUGGCCAACCAGGCCGCCAUGCUCUACGUCAUCCUCUACUUCGAACCCGCCAUUCUGCACACGCAUCAGGCAAAGAUGCGCGAGAUCGUGGACAAAUACUUUCCAGAUAACUGGGUAAUUAGUAUCUACAUGGGGAUCACAGUUAAUCUAGCAGAUGCUUGGGAACCUUACAAAGCUGCAAAGACUGCUUUAAACAAUACCCUGGACCUUUCAAAUGUCAGAGAACAGGCCAGCAGGUACGCCACGGUCAGUGAGCGAGUGCACGCCCAAGUGCAGCAGUUCCUGAAAGAAGGCUACUUGAGGGAGGAGAUGGUCCUGGACAACAUCCCGAGGCUUCUCAACUGCUUGCGAGACUGCAAUGUUGCCAUCCGGUGGCUGAUGCUCCACACGGCAGACUCCGCCUGUGACCCAAACAACAAACGCCUACGUCAAAUCAAGGACCAGAUUCUCACAGACUCUAGGUACAAUCCCAAGAUCCUCUUCCAGUUGCUGUUGGAUACUGCGCAGUUUGAGUUCAUACUCAAAGAGAUGUUCAAGCACAUGCUUUCAGAGAAACAGGCCAAAUGGGAGUAUUACAAGAAGGAGGGUUCCGAGCGGAUGACUGAGCUCGCCGAUGUCUUUUCAGGAGUGAAACCCCUGACCAGAGUGGAGAAAAAUGAAAAUCUUCAAGCAUGGUUCAGAGAGAUCUCGAAGCAAAUUCUGUCUUUAAAUCAUGACGACUCCACUGCUGCGGGCAGGAAAACUGUGCAGCUGAUUCAGGCUUUGGAGGAGGUCCAAGAAUUUCACCAGUUGGAAUCAAAUAUACAAGUCUGUCAGUUUCUUGCUGAUACUCGCAAGUUCCUCCACCAAAUGAUCCGAACUAUUAACAUCAAAGAGGAGGUCCUGAUCACCAUGCAGAUUGUCGGAGACCUUUCUUUUGCUUGGCAAUUAAUCGACAGUUUCACUUCUAUCAUGCAAGAGAGCAUCCGCGCCAACCCAUCCAUGGUCACUAAACUCAGAGCUACGUUCCUAAAGCUUGCCUCUGCACUUGACCUGCCCCUUCUUCGUAUCAAUCAAGCAAAUAGCCCUGACCUCCUCAGUGUGUCUCAAUAUUAUUCUGGCGAAUUGGUAUCCUAUGUGAGAAAGGUUUUGCAGAUCAUUCCAGAAAGCAUGUUUACUUCUCUGCUAAAGAUCAUAAAGCUCCAGACCCACGACAUCAUCGAGGUGCCAACCCGCCUGGACAAGGACAAGCUGAGAGACUACUCUCAGCUCGGCCCGCGGUACGAGGUUGCCAAGCUUACUCAUGCUAUUUCCAUUUUUACCGAAGGCAUCUUAAUGAUGAAAACGACUUUGGUCGGCAUCAUCAAGGUGGAUCCGAAACAGCUUCUGGAGGAUGGAAUAAGGAAGGAGCUAGUGAAACGUGUUGCUUUUGCUCUUCAUAAAGGACUGAUCUUCAACCCUCGAGCCAAGCCAAGUGAACUGAUGCCCAAGUUGAAAGAGCUUGGAGCUGCAAUGGACGGAUUCCAUCGUUCUUUCGAAUACAUCCAGGACUAUGUCAACAUUUACGGCCUGAAGAUUUGGCAGGAAGAAGUCUCUCGUAUUAUAAAUUACAAUGUAGAACAAGAGUGUAAUAACUUCUUGAGAACAAAGAUUCAAGACUGGCAAAGUAUAUACCAGUCCACUCAUAUUCCGAUACCAAAGUUUACCCCUGUCGACGAGUCUGUGACAUUUAUUGGUCGACUCUGCCGAGAAAUCCUCCGGAUCACGGACCCAAAAAUGACAUGUCAUAUUGACCAGCUGAAUACUUGGUAUGACAUGAAAACUCAUCAGGAAGUGACCAGCAGCCGCCUCUUCUCAGAAAUCCAGACCACACUGGGGACUUUCGGUCUGAAUGGGUUGGACAGGCUCCUGUGCUUCAUGAUUGUCAAAGAGUUACAGAAUUUCCUCGGUAUGUUCCAGAAAAUCAUCUUGAGAGACAGAACUAUUCAGGAUACUUUAAAAACCCUCAUGAAUGCCGUCAGCCCCUUAAAAAGCAUCGUAGCAAAUUCAAAUAAAAUUUACCUUUCUGCCAUUGCCAAAACACAGAAGAUAUGGACGGCUUAUCUCGAGGCUAUCAUGAAGGUUGGGCAGAUGCAGAUUCUAAGACAGCAGAUUGCCAAUGAGUUGAAUUACUCUUGCCGGUUUGACUCCAAACAUCUGGCCGCUGCCCUGGAAAAUCUCAAUAAGGCACUCCUAGCCGAUAUCGAAGCCCACUACCAGGACCCUUCCCUUCCUUACCCCAAAGAAGAGAACACGCUCCUGUAUGAGAUCACGGCCUACCUGGAGGCGGCCGGCAUUCACAACCCUCUGAACAAGAUAUACAUAACCACAAAGCGCUUGCCCUAUUUCCCUGUGGUCAACUUCCUCUUUUUGAUUGCCCAGUUGCCAAAACUUCAGUACAACAAAAACCUAGGAAUGGUCUGCCGCAAGCCCGCCGACCCUGUGGACUGGCCUCCCCUGGUGCUAGGCCUGCUCACCCUGCUGAAGCAGUUCCAUUCCCGGUACACGGAGCAGUUCCUGGCGCUGAUCGGCCAGUUCAUCCGCUCCACAGUGGAGCAGUGCACGAGCCAGAAGAUCCCUGAAAUGCCUGCAGAUGUGGUGGGUGCCCUUCUGUUCCUGGAAGAUUAUGUCCGGUACACCAAGCUCCCCCGGAGGGUUGCUGAAGCACACGUGCCUAACUUCAUUUUUGAUGAGUUCAGAACAGUCCUGUAACUUUAACUUCUUCAGUGAAAUGACUGUCCUUAAAACCUUCCCGCCACCACGAAAAUGAAUUAAGAAAUGAAAACAACUGUUCAUGUAACCAACCACACUGAACCAUCAGACCUUCUGAGGAAGAAGUAUCUCACUGCACUAAUUAUUGUUUAAAUCAUGGUAUUAUAUGCAAUUUAUAUCAUGUAGAAGCAGAAUACAUUUUUGUACUCCCUCUUAUAAAUGCUGAAUGUACUUGUUAUGUAAAAAUCCAUUUAGUUUUAUGUUCUAAAGAACUAUUUGUGCAAUUCCAGAUUUUCAGUAAAAUAGUAUUGGCAGUA